AUGUCGAACGGCACAUCGAACGGCACAUCAAACGGCACAGCGAAUGGCAUAUCAAACGGCACACUGAAUGGCACAUCGAACAGCACAUUGAACGGCACAUCGAACAGCAUGUUGAACGGCACAACAAACAGCAUACUGAUUGGCACACGAGCUGGCACAGUGAAUGGCACACCGAUUGGCACAUUGAACGGCACAUCGAAUGGCACAUCGAAUGGCACAUCGAAUGGCACAUCGAAUGGCACACGAGCUGGCACAGUGAAUGGCACAUCGAACAGCACAUUGAACGGCACAUGGAAUGGCACACCAAAUGGUACGGUGAAUGGCAUGUUGAAUGGUAGACUGAACGGCACAUCAAACAGCACAUCGAACGGCACACCAAAUGGCACGGCGAAUGGCACACGAGCCAGCACGGUGAAUGGCACAUCAAACAGCACAUUGAAUGGCACAUGGAAUGGCACACGAGCCGGCACGGUCAAUGGCACACUGAAUGGCACGGUGAACGGCAUACUGAAUGGCACACUGAUUGGCACACAAGCCGGCACGGCGAAUGGCACACGAGCCAGCACGGUGAAUGGCACAUCAAACAGCACAUUGAACGGCACACCGAACGGCACACCGAUUGGCACACCGAUUGGCACACAGGCCGGCACAUCAAAUGCCAUGUCGAAUGGCACAACGAUUGGCACACUGAAUGGCACGGCGAACGGCACACUGAAUGGCACAUUGAUUGGCACGUCGAACGGCACACCGGCAUGGCAGCCCCCCAGCCCAUAUUUAUGGGGCCCCGACCCGGGCAUGCAGCGGCCAUGGACCCCCGAGCGAUUCCGGGAGGUGUUGAAGCGGGAGACCCAGGCCCGGCUCGGCCAGGCAUUGAAUAUUCCGGCGUACCGGGACAUUGCCAUUGGCAUCAGCCGGCGGUUCCUGCGGGCAUCCAGCACAUUCACCAGUGACCGCCAGGAUGAAACGGAGCAGGCGGCGGCAUUGGAUGCUGACUGUGAGGACGGCAUGGAUGCGGACCAGUGGAUGGCGCAUAUGACGGAUUUACAGGCGGGCCAUUCAUCGCACGUGGCGGGGAUGGUAUAUGGGCGGCAGCUGAUGGAGCAGGCGGGCACAACAAGCCACCGGCGGGCGAUGUUCCGGCAGUCCAGUGUGGAUUGGCACCAGUUUCUGGGGUUCGGCUGCGGCACGGGGGUUCCAGGAGAUGUCCAUGCCGACAUUGAUGCCGGUGGGCUUCGGGCUGGCUUGGUGGAUGAAGGCAGCUGUCCAAGCCGCCGUCCCGGUCAGGAACAGGUUAGGGCUUGCUUGGUGGAUGAUCCCGGUCAGGAACGGGUUAGGGCUCGCUUGGUGAAUGAUCCCGGUCAGGAACGGGUUAGGGCUCGCUUGGUGAGUGAUCCCAGUCAGGAAGGGGUUAGGGCUCGCUUGGUGGAUGAAGGCAACCGUCCAAUUCACCAUCCCGGUCAGGAACGGGUUAGGGCUCACUUGGUGGAUGAAGGUAGCUGUCCAAUUCACCAUCCCGGUCAGGAACGGGUUAGGGCUCGCCCCGUGCUCGGGAAACGCAAGCGGGCCCCAUGGCAGGUGGAGGCUGAGGAGCACCACAUGGAGCGGCGCCACCAGCUGCAGACCAUGGACAUGGCCGCUGCGCUGCAGCAGAUGACCGGUCAGGCCGGCAUGCAGUUCCAGGGCAUCCAGGCACCCGCCAUGGCGGCGAUCCAGCAGGGCAAGAGCCCCGUGGUGGCAGUCAUGCCCACCGGCGGUGGGAAAAGCAUGUUAUUCAUGUUGCCCGCGUGGGCCGUCCCCGGGGGCACCACCAUUGUGGUGGUGCCAUUGAUCUCGCUGCGGCAGGAUAUGCAGCAGCGGUGCCGGCGGCUAGGCAUCCCAUGUAUGGCAUGGGACCGGCAGCAGCCAUGUGAUGAAGCAGCCAUUGUGCUGGUCACACCGGAAUCGGCUGUCACCCCCGAUUUCCAUUCAUUCAUCAACCGGUUGGUGGUGAUGCAGCGGCUGGACCGGGUGGUGAUUGAUGAAUGCCACGUCAUUAUGAACCAGCAGAAGAACUUCCGGUCCGCCAUGGCACAGCUUGGGAAGCUCGUUCGGGCCCGUACACAGAUGGUGUUUUUAACGGCCACAUUGCCCCCCCAGAUGGAACCGGAGUUCAGCCAGCGCAUUCACCACCCACCGGAUCAGAUCGAUAUAUAUCGGGCCCGCACGAGCCGCGGCAAUGUGGCAUAUGGGGUGUGGCGGCCACCGAUUCCACACACUGCACCACAUGGAUAUGGAUGGGAGCAGGAUGCCCAGAUUAUUCAGUUCCUGCAGGCGCAGCUCCAGUGGGCCCGGGCCCGGGGGGGGGGGGAAGAUGGUGAUAUAUGCCAACCGGGUCCACCAGGUGCAGGCGAUGGCGGCGGUAUUGGGAUGUGA